UUGAAUUGGGCCUGACUUGCAGGAAGGGAAGAGAUAGCACGAGCCAAGAGUCCAAAGCAGUCUCAGAGCGCAAAGAGCCUCUGUUUAUUAACUUGCGCGGUGCGCUAAGUAUUGUUUGUGAAGAAGGAACCGAAGAAGAGAGAGGAAAAAUGGCGGAAUCUUCAUCGUUGUCUUCAGCAGCGAAGUCCGAUACGGAGGUAGAAGAAAUGCUGGAUCGGAUGCUGACUCGUUUGGCUCUGUGCGACGAUUCCAAGCUGGAGCCGUUGCUCUCGAAGCUUCUCCCUCUCUGCAUCUCCUCCCUCUCCUCGCAAUCCCUCCCCGUUCGCAACAAGGUGCUUGAGAUUUUGAGUCACGUCAACAAGAGAGUGAAGCUCCAGCAGCAUAUUGGUUUACCUUUGUCUGCCUUGUGGAAAUUGUAUUCGGAGUCUGGUGCUGUUCCAAUCAUAAGGAAUUUUUGCAUUGUGUAUAUAGAGAUGGCUUUUCAGCGUGUUAAUGCAAAGGAAAAGGAAGAUCUGGCUCCUGAUCUAUUGGUGAACAUCUCGAAACUUCCACUUCAACACCAGGAAAUUAUCCUUAGAAUUGUUGUUAAGGUAAUUGGUGAAUGCCACUCUGGUCAAAUUGGUGAUGAAGUUGCUGCAAAGUAUAAAAAAGUGAAUAAUUCUCAAGAUAGGGAGCUGUUUAUUGAGUUUUGUCUUCAUACAAUAUUGUAUCAGCGGGUCUCUCAAAGUGGCGGAUUCCCUCCUGGGCUUUCAGUAGCUCAAGUCAAUCGUGUUACGGGGAAACAACAAUUGCAAAGUAAUGAAAUUUUACCAAGAAAGUUGGGUAUUUUGAAUGUUAUUCAAUCUAUGGAGCUUACCCCUGAGCUUGUUUAUCCUUUAUAUCUUGCUGCCUCUGUAGAUUGUGAAGAGCCAGUUAUUAAGAGAGGCGAGGAGCUUCUAAAGAAGAAGGCCAGUGGUGCUAAUUUAGAUGAUUUAAAUCUGAUCAACAGAUUAUUUUUGCUAUUUAAUGGUACUGUUGGAGUUGAACAUGUUGAUUCAGAAUCAAGAGUUAGUCCCGGAAGUCCUGCUUUAAAGGCAAAAUUAAUGUCUAUCUUCUGCAGGUCUAUUACAGCAGCAAACAAUUUCCCAUCCACCUUGCAGUGCAUUUUUGGUUGCAUUUAUGGGAAUGGUACCACAUCGCGGUUGAAGCAAUUAGGAAUGGAAUUUACUGUAUGGGUAUUUAAGCAUGCAAAAAUUGAUCAGCUCAAGUUAAUGGGCCCUGUUAUUUUGAGUGGAAUUAUGAAGUCCCUCGACAAUUAUCCAAGUUCAGAAGCAGAUGCCAGUGCUCGGGAGGUCAAAAAUUACGCUUUUCAGGCAAUUGGGUUGCUUGCCAAGCGCAUGCCUCACCUCUUCAGGGAAAAGAUUGACAUGGCUGCUCGUCUUUUUCAUGCCUUGAAAGAUGAAUCCCAGUCACUUCGAUUUGUUGUUCAAGAGGCAACUAUAUCUCUUGCUGAAGCAUACAAAGCAGCCCCAUUAUCUGUGUUACAAGAUUUGGAGACACUUCUGCUAAAAAAUUCUCAAGUGGAGGAAAGUGAAGUACGAUUUUGUGCUGUAAGAUGGGCAACAUCUUUGUUUGAUCUUGAACAUUGUCCUAGUCGUUUUAUUUGUAUGCUUGGAGCAGCAGAUGUUAAAUUAGAUAUCAGAGAAAUGGCGCUUGAAGGCCUUUGUCUUCUUAAAAGUGAAAGUGAAAUUGUUGGUCUUAAGUAUCCCAAACUGGGUAUGAUGCUGGAUUACAUUCUUCAACAACAGCCAAAGUUGUUAGAGUCCAGUGAAACUAGGGAACAGAACCUUCUUUUCCCUUCAAAUACAUAUGUGGCCAUGAUUAAAUUUUUGUUGAAAUGCUUUGAGUCGGAGUUGGAGCAGAAUAAAUCCUUAGAAGGAUCAUCUGAAUUUAUGUCAUCAGUGAAGGCUUUCUGUUCGAUCCUGGAGCAUUCUAUGUCAUUUGAAGGUUCUGUAGAGUUGCAUGUCAAUGCUUCCAAGGUGUUGCUUAUCAUUGGAUCACAUAUGCCAGAGGUAAUAGCGUCACAUUUUGCCCUGAAAGUUUCAUGGCUUAAACAACUACUAAAUCAUGUGGAUUGGGACACUCGUGAAUCCUUUGCACGUUUACUUGGUAUUGUGUCUUCGGCUCUUCCUACCCCUGAUGUUAUGUCUGAAUUGACUUCCUUAUUUAGCCAAACACAGAAAUCAAGGUUUGAGACUAGGCAUGGUGCUCUUUGUGCAAUAGGAUAUGUAACUGCAAAUUAUUUGUCUAGAACACCUAUGCCAGAAAUACUUCUCCAGAAUACACUUAGAUGUCUGGUUGAUGUGGUUAAUUCUGAAACUUCUGCACUGGCUGCUGCUGCAAUGCAAGCACUAGGUCAUAUUGGACUUUGUAUUUCGUUACCUCCACUUGAUUCGAAUUCAGAUGGAAUUCUGAUAAUUUUAUCUGAUAAAUUGAGCAAGCUUCUCUUGGGUGAUGACAUUAAAGCAAUACAGAAGAUUGUUAUAUCUAUUGGACAUAUAUGUGUAAAAGAAACAUCAUCUACUCAGCUAGAUAUGGCCCUAAAUCUGAUUUUCAGUCUCUGUCGAUCUAAGGUUGAGGAUAUUCUCUUUGCUGCUGGGGAGGCCCUUUCUUUUUUGUGGGGUGGUGUUCCUUUCAAUGCUGACAUAAUUCUUAAAACUAACUAUACUUCACUGUCGAUGGCUUCAAACUUUUUGAUGGGAGAUUUGACCUCUUCUGUGUCUAAGCAGAGUACUAAUGAACUAAGCAAAUACAGUGAAGAUUAUCAUGCUUCUGUGAGAGAUACAAUCACAAAAAAGCUCUUUGACGUUCUUUUGUAUAGUAGCAGGAAAGAAGAGAGGUGUGCUGGAACUGUUUGGCUAGUUUCACUUUUAAAGUACUGUGGCAAUCAUCCCACUAUUCAACAAAUGCUUCCAGAAAUUCAGGAGGCUUUUUCUCACCUUAUUGGUGAACAAAAUGAACUCACGCAAGAGUUGGCUUCUCAAGGCAUGAGUAUUGUGUAUGACAUUGGUGAUGAAUCUAUGAAAAAGAAUUUGGUGAGUGCACUUGUGAAUACAUUGACUGCGACAGGGAAACGGAAAAGAGCCAUCAAACUUGUUGAAGACACUGAAGUAUUUAUGGAUGGAACUCUUGGUGAAAGUGCUAGUGGAGGGAAACUGAACACUUACAAGGAGUUGUGUAACUUAGCAAAUGAGAUGGGACAACCAGACUUAAUUUAUAAGUUCAUGGAUUUAGCAAAUUAUCAAGCUUCUCUGAAUUCAAAGAGGGGUGCUGCUUUUGGCUUCUCUAAAAUAGCUAAACAAGCAGGAGAUGUUCUUAAGCCAUAUUUACGUACUUUAAUUCCAAGGCUUGUACGCUAUCAGUAUGAUCCUGACAAAAAUGUGCAGGAUGCAAUGGUACAUAUAUGGAAGUCACUUGUGGAUGAUUCAAAGAAAACCAUUGACGAAAAUUUAGAUCUUAUCAUUGAUGAUUUACUAGAACAAUGUGGAUCCAGGCUUUGGCGGUCACGCGAGGCAUCAUGUCUUGCCCUUGCAGACAUUAUUCAAGGACGAAAGUUUUAUGAGGUUGAGAAGCAUUUAAAGAGAUUAUGGUCAGGAGCCUUUCGUGCAAUGGAUGACAUAAAGGAAACUGUCAGAAUUUCUGGUGAAAAAUUAUGCCGUGCUGUAACUUCCUUGACAACAAGGCUCUGUGAUGUCUCUCUAACUGAUAUGUCAAAUGCACACAAAGCAAUGGAUAUUGUUUUACCUUUUUUGCUUGCAGAAGGUAUACUAAGUAAAGUUGACAGUGUUCGCAAGGCAUCGAUUGGAGUUGUUAUGAAGCUUACUAAGCAUGCUGGAACCGCAAUUCGUCCACAUAUAUCUGCUCUAGUGUGCUGCAUGCUUGAAAGUUUAUCAAGCCUAGAAGAUCAAGCGCUCAAUUAUGUCGAGCUUCAUGCGGCAAAUGUUGGAAUACAGUCAGAAAAGCUUGAAAGUUUGAGAAUUUCCAUUGCUAAAGGCUCUCCUAUGUGGGAGACUUUAGAUUCAUGCAUAAAAGUUGUUGAUGCAGAGUCAUUGAACACAUUGAUCCCACGGCUUGCUCAUUUAGUGCGAUCUGGAGUGGGCCUUAACACUAGGGUUGGUGUUGCCAAUUUUAUUACCUUGUUGCUUGAAAGUGUUGGUGUUGACAUCAAGCCAUAUGCAAAUAUGUUGGUGAGGUUGUUGUUUCCAGUUGUUAAGGAGGAAAAAAGUACUGCUGCAAAACGUGCCUUUGCAAGUGCCUGUGCAAAAAUCCUAAAUUAUAUACCAGUCUCACAGGCACAAAAACUUAUUGAAGAUACUGCAGCUUUGCAUGCUGGUGACAAGAAUUCUCAAAUUGCAUGUGCAUUGCUCUUAAAGAGCUAUUCAUCCAUGGCAACAGAUGUUAUUGGUGGAUAUCAUGCAGUUAUCAUUCCAGUUGUUUUCAUUUCAAGAUUUGAAGAUGAUAAAAAUGUCUCCAGCCUAUUUGAGGAACUAUGGGAAGAAUAUACAAGUGGGGAACGAAUCACUCUCCACUUAUACUUGGGAGAAAUUGUUUCACUUAUUUGUGAGGGCAUGUCAUCAUCAACGUGGGCAAGUAAAAGAAAAUCUGCACAGGCUAUAUGUAGGCUUAGUGAAGUUUUGGGUGAAUCUCUUUCUUCUCACCAUGAGGUUUUGCUUCAGUCUCUCAUGAAGGAAAUUCCUGGUCGCCUAUGGGAGGGCAAAGACGUGCUAUUGCUAGCAGUAGGUGCUCUAUGUACAUCCUGCCAUAAAGCAAUUUUGGCUGAAGGUUCCACUUCUUCCAUUGCCAUUCUGAAUUUGGUAUCAUCUGCUUGCACCAAAAAGGGGAAAAAGUAUCGUGAAGCAGCACUUUCCUCUCUUGAACAGGUUAUAAAAUCCUUGGGCAAUCCAGAGUUCUUUAAUAUGGUUUUUCCCUUGUUGUUUGAUCUAUGCAAUUCAGAGCCCCUAAAGUCCGGGCAAGCACCUUUGGUCAGUGAUGCUGCUGAAUCAGAGUUGGACAGUGUAGAAGGGAUUACUGUUCCGUAUAACAAAAUUGUUGAUUGUUUAACCUCUUGUAUCCAUGUGGCACAUAUAAAUGAUAUUCUUGAAAAGCAAAAGAGCUUAAUGCAGAUGUAUACUGCAUUCCUGUUACCUGAACAUAAAUGGACUGUAAAAACUACAGCCUUUUUAUCCAUCAAAGAACUUUGCUCAAGGCUCGACAAUGUUGCAAAGGACUCCCAGGGAAGUCAUGAACAUGUUGGUGUAACUUCUCUUGUUCAGGAGAUGUUUCAUUCUCUGUCACCAAAAAUACUACAUUGCAUAAGCACAAUAAAAAUUGCACAGGUUCAUGUUUCAGCUUCAGAAUGUCUACUGGAAGUCAUGAAACUUGCCAUGGGCGUCCCUUUAGUUGGCACCAUCAAUGAAGGAUUCAAGGACGAGCUGCUUCAUCAGUUGGAGAUAGAGAAGAACGAAGGGGCAAAGUCAAUAUUGAGAAAGUGCGUCAACAUUCUUCAAGACUUGAAAUAAUAAUUGUACGAGCUAUAGGCUCUGAUCCAUAUUUAUAAAGUUUUGGGAAGAUGAAACAUUUAAGAAGCUCAUAAUUUUCUAUAGCUCGUAGCCGUAGAUAAUAUUAUGUCGCAUGACUUUCUUAACGACACACAAAAAACUCUUGUAGCCAAUCUAACAUAUCAUACUAUUAAAACGUUAAUAAAACAAAAUAGCUUUUCCAUUUUCUCUCAA